UCUCUCUAAAAACCCAACAGAUUUUCUCUCUCUAAAAACCCAACAGCCACCUUCUCUCUCUAAAAAAUCUCUGUUGCAUCAAAUGAAAUCUCACCAAACCCCAAACGUCCCGGCUUCUUCUCUUUUGAAAUUGCCCUUUCUAUUAUCAACACAGCGCAUAAACUCUCUCUCUCUCUUGUUCAGGGGUGAAUUACAGAGAGAGGCCAUUCCUCUCUCUCAAGAGAUGUAAAUGCCGUUCUAUCGAUUGUAUCAUUUGGGUACUAAAAGGCAUUACAAACCUUUGAUAUAUGCGUUUUCCUUUCCAUUUUCUUCCUCUCUCUCUUCUUCAGGAAUGAAGGAUAGACAGAGGCGAUGCUCUCUCUCAUGGAGCAAGUUCUUCAAGUUCACCUUCCUCUUCUUCUUCUGCCUUGUUUUCAUAUUCUUCUUUUCGCAUUUCAGGCUCCUUAUUGGAUCACCAUCAUUCAGGCCAGUUCUUGUGGCAAAGAGGCCCCUGCCCACCUUUAAUGCCAUCUUCAAAGACAAUUUCCUCAGAGAAUUGGGGCCUAAGUCAGAGAUCAGGAUCCAAUCCAUAGUCCAUUUACCUGAUCAAUCUCUCGUCUUAAUCAACAAGCUCUCGGCCCCCUAUCCUCCUGAUAAAUCAGAAUUACAGUGCAUCUACACCUCUCCUGAUGAAGCCGUGCCUUUAAAGCUCCCUGUAAUGGCCGUUGACGAAGAAGAGGACUUCAAUUUUCAUAUCAUCAGAUGCCCUUUCCCACCUGAAGGCUCCAAUAGCUCUCUAUCUAGGGUACCCAUCUCGAAAGUAGAGAGAGGAGGGGCAGCAGACAGGAUAUUUGAGGGAGAGAGGCCUAUUAAGGCCUACAAUUGGGAUUCUCUUGUGUAUGAAGCUCUCCUCGAUGGGGAUACGACUCUGGUCUUUGUGAAAGGCCUGAAUCUUCGACCUGAAAGGCUCUCUGAUCCUUCUCGUUUUACCUGUGUUUUUGGUUAUGAUUUUAGCAAUCCCAAACUCUUGCUUAGAACCAAAGUGUUAUCGGCUGCUCAAGAAAUCAUUCGAUGCAAAACACCUUUAAGCCUUUUGAGAAACCCAGAGAAACUUGAAUCAAUUAAGGUUUCAAUCGAGAUUCGAUCUCUGAGGUCUCGAGUUUCUUCAACUCACACUACCACCAUUCUUCCCUCUUUUGCCAACAUAAAACACAUUAGUGGCAUCGAUAGUUUUUCGGGAAAUGGUGGAGAGAAUGGGUUGAAUUCAUUGUGGGGUUCUACAGAGAGGCUGGGGAAGAGUUUUACAGAGAAGAGGGAGGAUUCAUGGAUGGAGAAUGGUGUGGAUUACAGAUACAAGGGGAGGAAGUUUGGAGAGAAGGGGGCCAAAAGAGUGAAGAUGGUUAGAGGAUUGACAGAGAGAAAACCCAAAUACAGUGUGUGUAUGUGCACCAUGAUGUGGAACCAAGCCCAAUUCAUCAAAGAAUGGGUCAUGUACCAUACUCGAAUCGGGGUUGAGCGCUUCUUCAUAUACGAUAACAACAGUGACGACAACCUUGAUGCGGUGGUUCGAGCCCUCCGAGCCCAUAAUGUGAGCCGUCGAGCCUGGCCCUGGGUCAAGACCCAAGAGGCCGGAUUUGCUCACUGCGCCCUAAAAGCACGAUUCUUAUGCUCAUGGCUUGCCUUCUUAGACGUUGAUGAGUUCCUCUUCCUCAAGAACCCUAAUAUCACAAAGACCACAAACCCGAACACCACAAAGCCCAAAAACCGAAACAUAAACACAGACAUAGAGGCCUCAAAACCAAUGCAGUCUAUUCUUGUAUCACGGGCCCCCAACGUGGGUGAGGUGCGGAUCCCAUGCCACAGUUUCGGGCCUUCAGGCCAUGUCCAGGCUCCAUCCCAUGGCGUCACUGUGUCUUACACAUGUAGAUUGGGAGCUCCCGAGCGACACAAAUCGGUAAUCAGACCAAGAGCAGUUAACCAGAGUAUGAUAAAUAUAGUGCACCAUUUCCAUUUAGGGUUAGCGUUUAGGUUUGAGGACAUGGGGAGAGGAGAGGGGGUGGUUAACCAUUACAAGUAUCAAGCAUGGGAUGUUUUUCAGAGGAAAUUCUACAGGAGGGUGGCAACGUAUGUCCCGGAUUGGGGGGAGAAAGAGGGGGUGGGGUCAAGGGACCGGGCCCCAGGACUGGGGACGACACCGGAGGAGCCCAAGGGUUGGGCAAACAAGUUUUGUGAGGUGAGGGACACAGGGUUGAGAGAAUGGGUGAAGAGAGAGAUGAGGGAUCAAAGAACAGGGAGGUUGCCCUGGGAGGAGGAUGAGGAAAAGUUUUUAGAGAGAUAAAUUAGGGUUUUAGAUUUGUGAUUUUGAGUUUAAUUGGGGCUCUGAUACCCAUUGUUGAGUUUAAAAAGUGAUUGUUUUAUCAGAAUUGGGAUUGGUUUUUUUGUAUCCAAUUGGUAUUAGAGCAGGUUUGAAUUAAUACUUCAUCACUCUCACUAGAAAGAGAUGGGUUACAGAUUUUGACUGUAUGAUCCCCUACUCUGGUCCAUCAAUUUUUGAAGCCGACAGUGAUGAUCAUCUCGUGUUCAUGCUAAUGGUGCUGGUGGUGUGCCAUCCAUAUGUGUUGGAGAAGAUUUGGGGGCGGGCUGAUUUUCUCAUAAUCAAAUUUUUUGGUUAAGUUUCUCUUGUAAAUAUAGAGAGUUCUUAAAUAUAGAGUUUAAGUUGGCCAUUGAGGAGCAAAUUUUGGAAGAGCCUGGUGUUAACUGUAAUAACAGGCACUCUCCCUCUAUCUAUGCAGAUUGUGGCUCUCCCUCUCUCUCUCUCUAAGAAUUUCUCGCACUUUAUCUCUCUCUCUAAGGAAUUAAUUGUACAGACUGUGGAGAUGUUAAAAGGAAAUAUUUAUCCAGUGAUGUUAAAGCAGGGCUUGAAGCCCUCAUGUGAAGUUAUGAUCUAUAGAAAUUCUUUAUAAAAACCUCAUCCUUAUGGUACUAAA